GCUGUGUGGCGCGGCUGCCGCUCUUUCCCUGCCGAGUGUGUAUUUCCCGAACACUGGCGGGGGACGUGGUUCCAGUCCAGCGUUCGUCAGCUCAUCCACAUUUCCGACAAGGAAGUCAGCUCCAAAGGCAACUGCACCGAGGCCAGCGGCCAAAAAUACGUCGUGCAUAAUAAAAGCAGGCGAUGCUAUCAAUGCGUUAUUUUCUACGAGAAGCAUGUCAACGUCAUCCAGUACAAGGAAUCCUUCUGCAGUGCGGACUCGGAGCCACCCGACCUGACGUCACUCUGCGGUCACGUGACCGGCGACGGCCAGCUGUACUCGAUGUUCCGCGUCGACUACCGGGCGAUCGAGUGUCCGCUGCGGGGUCCGUUCAGCUUCUCCUACUCACGCGGCCACAUGGUGCACCAGGAGUGCACGCACCCCCGGUCGCGCCUCGAGCGCUGCAACGACCACUCCCGCAUGUUGUUCCGCUACCAGGCGUGCGUCGACGUGGCCGGCGCUGAGGCGGCAGUUGAAGAGAUGGAGUGCAUGGGGAUGUGGAAGGAGGGCUCGGCGCGCUACCUGGUCACGCGGCGCGUCUCAUCGGCCAUCGCCACCAGCGAGGAUCGCUACCGCUGCUUCAUCUACGAGCGCGCUAAGCCAAAGGAGGAGGCGUGGCUGGACUACCGGCUGGCCGAGUCGGCCGAGGCCACCUGCAGCGGCCUCUUCAGCACCAGAGACGGCACGCGCCGCCUCAAGCUGCUAAUGGUCGGUUCGUACAACAAGUGCCAGUUCCCACCGUGGACGACCGUCCACCGGCGCUGGCACUCGCUCGACCGGCGCACCACCUACCAGUUCAACAAGAAGAACACCACGCUGACGGUGCAGGGGCCGCACAACGCCACCAAGAUCGAGUGCGCCGAGCUGGUCGAGGUCAGCACGCGAGAGACGCUCCUCGUGGUGCGUGCCACCACUGGCUGCGUGGGUGGCUUCCAGUGCAUGGCAUUCUACCGCCGGGACGGUCACGUGAUGGAGAGUCAGCUGGGCACAAUCAGCCCAACUCCAGAGGAGGCGUGCAGUAGGACGAACUUCCCCAGGAGCGCCGUCGACUUCCACACGCUCGUCUCGUCCAGCCAGCACCACGCGGCGUGCCCACACCUGGGUCAGUACAGCGUGACGGGCGUGUCGCUGGGUCAGCGGACGGGCCGCGGCGCCGAGGAGCGGGACGAGCGCGGCCUCGACCUCGGCGCCUACUUCAGCUCACUGCGGGUCGGCUGCCAGUCCCACGACACCAUGGUGCUCUCCGGCAGCAUGGGCGUCCGGUCCAGAGCGUUCUCGUGUCAGGGCAGCUGGCGGGAGAACGACACGCUGUACCUGGUGGCGUCGCCGAGCAGCCAGCGGUCAGAGCCGGCGCCGCACUUCUGCUUUGUGUACACGGUAUCGCCAGACGGACCCCGCUUCUCGACCGUGCACCGAACGUGCCCGCGGGGCACACAGCCCGCCGUCGAGCGGCUCAUGGCCUUCAACGUCACAGCCAGGGCCGAGUGUCUGACAGGCCGGGGCCAGUGGUCGCGACCGCUGCGGCCGGCCCUGGCGCUCUGUGCACUCCUCGCGGCGCUGGCGGUGCGGUAGGCGACUCCGUCCACCGAGAGCGAGAGAGUGUCGCCGGCCGCCUCCUGUGGCAUCCACAAGGGCGUCGCGUGCCGGCGUGACGUACGCCGUCGGCGCCGACGCCGAGGCCGUGGCGUGCUGCGGUGACGGCCGCUGUCGGCGGUGGCCGGACCGCGCCGCCAGCCGCGGCCCGGGUGUCGGCCGUGUCACACCCCCGCCCGGCAGUGACGCGUGACGCGUGACGCGUGACGCCGCCGCCGCCAGCUGAGUCGUUGUCCCCCGGACGCGCUGCCCGCCGCGGGACGGGCGGCCGCCGGCAUGUGAUAGUGAAGUAAAUCUGUCCGUGAUAGAGAAACAGAGUAAUUAUGUUUUAUAUUAACAGAAGAUACCUGGUGUGUACGCGGGGCUCGCGGGCUGUUCGUCGAAGCAUGGGCAGACGUGUGUGGUCUGUGUCGGUGUCGCGAGAGCAUUGCGAGGAGCCAGGCUAUGUUGUAUAUGCGUGCCCACUUGUAACACGGCUUUCAUUGUCGGGACUGGGGAUAGUUUCGAUGUCCCUGUUCACGGUAAACGUGUGGCGCGAGCACUGUUGCCGUGUAAGCGAUCCGUACAAACGGGCCUAUCGUGCUAUGUGGAAGCCGCGUAUAGUGCCAUCUUAACGUAACUGUGCUAUGUAGACACUCAAUCCUUUUGCAUUGUAGUCUGAUACAAAUGCAAUACAUGCUGUUCAUUAA